GACCGUGGAGCUCAGACACUCAGAGCGCAUUCAGAAGAUCCAUGAUGAACGUUUUCAGGACAUAACGCUGGCGAUGAAGAGUAGUGGAGAAGCUAGCCACUUCUAUUGGGGCGGUAUACGCCUCCUCAGCCAUGUGGGGUUCACACCCAGUGCUGGAUGACUUUGUCCGCACAGCAAAGACGGUCAAUAGCAUGGCAGAUAAAGUACACAACUACGCCUCACGCCCCGAUAAGGGGUUCGCAUUCCUAUGGGCACAUGUGAACUCUGAUCGAAAGGCAUGCAUCCCUCCUGCGCAAGCCUCUACAGCAUACUGGCUUGCUGCCGACUGUAUCAAACUGCGAUAUGUCCUUAAGAUCUUUUUCGAUGAAGGAUUAUUCAAUCAAGACCCUAAUGCCCCUCGUCCCCGAUUUCUACUUUUUGUGCAUUGGCCCCUGAUACUCUGGUAUGUGGAGCUGUUCCUUUCCAAUAUCGGCGUCGAGUUUGAAGUCAUCAGGUCCUCAAUGACCGAUAUGGAGCGCACUGCAGCGGCAAGCCGGUUUGUAGAUCCAAAGUUAAAUGUCAAGAUUCUCCUGACCACAUUUGCCUGUGGCGCUCAGGGUUUAAAUCUUCAUACUACCUGUUCCCGGGUGAUUAUCAUCGAGCCAGCUCUUAAUCUGAGCACCGUUUUCCAGGGAGCCCACCGCGUGCACCGGAUGGGACAGAAAGAACGACAGAAGAUUUGGAUACUAUUUGGCGAGCACACGGUUAGUCGAUGGAUCGAGGCCAAUUCGGCAAGAAAGGCCAUGCCGCAGGUGGCGAGCGACAUCAGCCACUAUCUCCAGCCACUGAUCGAGUCAGGCAGGAAGAGGAGAGAGGCGGCUGGACAGGCUGACUCCAUCCAGGCAGAAGAUGAACUGAUUAACAUCGAGACAACGAAGCAUAUGUGCGCUAUUCUCGGUCAACGCCGGUCCCGCCUGCACAUGGGGGAGCUGACAGACUUGGGCUAUGAUGACAGCCUGAACGUCAUGGAGACGAAGAACAAGCGAAAAGCAACGAGCGAUGAUAGCAAGCGGGAUAGCAAGAAGCCAAAUACUACCAGUAGUCUGGCCGUUAUUAACGUGAGCUUCCCUUUUCCACUUUAUCUUUCUGUUCGGUGCCAGUGGAUCUCAUACUGUUAACAUGGAUGUAUAGACAAGCAGUGAUGGCGAAGACGACGACGGGGUCGAUGCAUAGGGUGCAGCCGUAGAGAAGCCCGACGGAAAGCCUAACGACAAAGGCUAUAGAAAGGACGGAGAGAGCGCUGCCGGAAAGAAGCCCAAUGACAUGAGCGAUGAAAAUGAGGGCGAUAAUACACCAGAAACCGAGAAUCCCCGUUACUGGGUUGACUCCCGUGUGUCUUAUGCCGGUUUGCUUCUUCGGGGAUUACCCCCUACUGGAUGAACCCAAUGCUUUUACCUACCUAUUAUCUGGACUAGACUAGACUAGACAGAAUAGAGAUGAUUGGUCCUUCUUACAA